ACCGCUUGAAUCCAGAUCUCGUAGAUGUUUUAGUAUUGAACGGCAGAUCUAGGUGUGUCACCGAAUCUAUGAGCGUACUUCCUAAGAGUGAAUAUCUACCCCACGGAUUGGACUUCUUUUAGACAUGGGGCACACAUGAUUUUAAGCCAGUUGAGCCACAAUCAUCAAUCAAAAAGGGUGCUAACCUAAAAAAGAAAAGAGGAGAGUGGGACCAAGUGGAAUCAAAACUGUGAUAGAAUUCAAUUGCAUUGCAAAGGUGGAACAAAUGGCUCCUCCACUCAGAAUAUUUGGAGAACCUGACGCCACAAUAGAUUGGUGCGAAUCUAACUUUGAGGUCAGCGAGUAUGUUGCAGAAUUUUGGAACACCAUUUCCAGUUUGUUUAUUUUGGUCUCACCAUUGAUGGGGCUUUUUUACAUGAAGAAUCAAAAUCUGGAAAGAAGAUGCCAUUUCAUGAUGUUGGUGAUGAUCGUGAUCGGCAUUGGCUCCGUACUCUUCCAUUGCACACUUCGGUAUUCAAUGCAACUCAUGGAUGAAGUCCCAAUGAUUUAUGGGACCUCGGCCAUUUGCUACUUCCUCUUUGAGGUGAAGAAACCCCCCAAUUCAGCCAAUGUCAAGUUGAUCCUAUUACUCACCGUGUACUGCGCGGCUUUCACAAUCUCUUAUCUCACGGUGAAGAACCCAUACAUUCAUGAGACAAUGUUUCUAAUCUUGGUGGCUGUGAAUGUAUUGUGUGGGUUUAAGAUGAUAUUUGACAAAGGUGCCCAUUUGUCAGACAACUGCAAGAAACUUUUUGCCCUUGGAAUAGUGAUGUACGUCUUCUCUGGUCUCACUUGGAACGGAGACAAUCGACUGUGCUCUGGCCUUCAAGGCCUUCGGAUGCGCCAUCUUCCGCAUUGGAUGGCGCCUGUGACCCAACUUCAUGCUUGGUGGCAUUUCUUCUCCGGCAUUGGGACUUAUGUUAUCACAAUGUCCCUCAUGGAAUAUCGCAUGAGGAUACUUGAUCGACCUUGUGAUGUAAAAUGGAAAUGGUUUGGUCCAAUCUUGAUUUUACAGCCAAAGCCAAAAAGCAUAUAUGAUCACAUUCCUCGAGCAAAAAAGUGAGAGAGCUUCGCUUUCAAUUCCAAGCUUUAUCUAAAGUGUGAUAUGUUAAAAUUUCUGAAUGUCCUGACAAAACAACUCAAUGUGUUCAAGAACAGUGCAAAAAAAUAUAUAAAGAACAUGAUCGUCAUUUCCAUUAAAAAAAGUCCUU